GCAAGCUGAUCUGAUCUGGUCGUUCGCCAAACCCGCCGCCAUGGCCCAACCACCGCAGCCGCAACCACGAUCUCAGCAGACGUCGGCGCAAAAGCACCAGCAGUCACAGCGGCAGUCGACGGCGACGACAGAGCCGGCAGCUGCAGGCUCAAUCGCACCCGCAGCCAGAUCGCAGAAGCUCCCUGAAGUCCCCAGCGAUCGCUCGACGCUGUUUGGCUUCCCAAGAGGCUGGAUCCCACAGGGCGGCCUGGUUAUCCCCCAGCCCCCUCCACAGGCGUAUCCACUCGAUGAGCCGCCGGCGACAUCGGGGGAUAUGCAGUCCCGGAUCUUGGCCAAAUACCAGAUCGGCAAGGUUCGGCCGACUGCUCGCCGUGGAUAUGGGCUCUCGGUCUUCAACAGCGCCAGCCUCAUGGUUGGCUUUGUGAUUGCUUCGGUUGUGUUGGCGAACGCAUACAAUGUCUACGAAAAGGAGUCACGGAUCUUGAACAUGAAGCGGUAUCUGCAAGAACUGAAGGAAGAAAACCUUGCGCUGCGAGACUUGCUUGUUCUGCGCCGGAGCGAAAGCAAGUGAUGUCGCGAAUACAACAGUGUAAUAUAGUACAAUUGCAUCCUCGCUGAACCUCCGAGAGGUAUCAACAGAGGACCAGCGUCGGGUGAUGCACAACAGCACAGCAACAGCACAGCAAUCAAGGCUUGUGCAUCCGCACGAUAGGGCAGCACCAUCGAUCACCAUCACCGGUGUGCAUCUCGCUCCUGAUUCUUGAGCAAGCAUAUC